AUGGCUACUGCACAGAGCAAUGCGGAAGUCAUAUCUUCUAUGGAACGUCAGUAUGCGGAACAAAAGGCGAAGUUCGAAAAGUGGAAAAUUGAUAACAGUCGGCAGAUUGGUACCGAAUCUUAUAAUAAGUAUGUGCAGCAAUUCCUUCAAUGGGAAAAGGAGGUUUUCGAAAAAAAAGCCAAAGUUGUCGCGCUUGCUCAGUCUGAAGCAGCAAUCGCAGGGCCGGCAAAUGUAGAUUCCAUUCUCGGCCAAUUGUUAGAUGACGUACUUCCUAUGGAAUUUUUGAUGGCUCUUGUGACAGUCCAUAUGAAAGAUAAUACGUUCCUGCCUUGUGUGAUAGAGAAUUUCAGAAAAGCUCAAACUGGAGAGUUGGAUCAAUCUAAACUUCUUGUUUCUGCCUCGCAGUACCAUCCUUCCGUAGCUCCAGCUCCACAGUACUACCAUCAUGUUGGCACAGCAUCGCACACAGGUAUGACGUUACACGCUGCUCCUAGUACCGCAGUCACAUGGGCGACGACUGUAGCGCCAACGGGCCCUAAGUACAGG